AUGCGUCUCUCCUUCGUCGCUGCUGUCACCGGCCUUCUUGGCCUCGCCUCGGCCCGAAUCGAGGGCUUCGCCGUCCCGAAAACUAUCAAGCCAGGAGAGAGCUUCGACGCCGUUCUCAUGGGAUAUAACUAUAUCCAAACCGUCGCUGAGAUCGCGGCCGCGUUCGGCGUGCAGCCCGGUCAGGGAUAUCCGGGUGCCAUUGGAACGUCUCUCGGUUCUGUGUAUCUGGGCCCUGCAAACUCAAACAAAAUCGGAAACCUCUCUUUCCCCGUGACGAUUCCGGCAGACACAGCAAAGGGACAGGCAAGCGUGUCGGCAGCCCUCUUCCAGAUCUAUGGUGCUUCCGGCUCGCCCAGCGUUGAGAUCUUCAAUUUGACUGUUACCCUGGGUGAUGUGACGAGCACAGAAUAUGUCAGCACCGACCAGCCUCAGUAG